GUGUAAGCGUGAAUCACGGUUCUUUGACUUGCAAGUGCAGUUUUGGAGGAUGAGCUGAAACCAACAUAAGAAUCGGAUAUGAUCAAUAUUUAUAAAUGGCGAGCGCAAUUUUCACGACCGUAAGUUAUAACGGAAGCACCCCAAACACGACCAACACCGUUCCAACCCCGGUAAAUACCGUUCUACCGCAACCAGGAAUCUUCAGCACCUCGGAUGGACGGGUCCUGUUAGCAACUAUACUGAUUCUCAUUGUACUGGUUGUUGUUAUACCAAUUGUGUCUUAUAUACUGUGGAAGAAAUACUGUUGGGUUAUGAUCCAUGACCCAGAACGCGGAAAAUGGCGGACAGAUAGAAUACCACAGACUGAAGAUUAUUUCGCAGACAAAGAAGUACAAACAGAUGUCCUUGCAUUAGAGUUUGACGAUUUCUUUCGUCGCCGUCAGCCGGUGGACAUGGCCAAGUAUGAGGGUAAGAAGCUGGGAGAGGCUGAGCCGCCUUACCCUCGCUGGUAUAGGGUGAAUCCGCAGCAUUUCAGUGAUCCAUGGACCAACCGCCACGCGGGUCACGAAACAAAUUACCUCACUAAAGUUUGGUGAAUG